AUGGAGGAAAGUACCACAAGUGACAAGAGGAUACGAUUUAAGGAAUACAAAUGUGUUUUUCCCGGGUGUUCUGAAGGAUUGAAGACAAAAUACAAUUGUAUUUCACAUGUAUGGAAUAUUCAUUUAAGAAAUAUAAAUAAUAUCACUGAGUCAUACAAAGAUUUAAAAGAGAGUGAUAAAGAGAGAGCACGAGAUUUGUGUUUGCCUUAUAUCUUUUUUGUAAAAGACGCAGAAACUUCAAGAAAGAGAAAACCAUACGAUUUGUCUGAUGUGCUCACUUCGAAAAAUGAAAAUCUCGUGAAACGCGCUGUAGACAAUACACAACUACAACCGGCUAAUUGCAUGAACCAAAGCUGCAUCGAGACGAUGGGAAAAAACGAUUUUAAUAUUCCUCAACAAUCCCAGAAUGACAUGCAGACGCAGAAUGAAAUCGACACUCUUGAUUUUGGACAAAUAAGACAACGACAAGAGACUUUUCAGAAUUUGUUCUAUCCACAACAACAACAAGAUGUGAUACAACAACAAAUAGUAUCCGACCCAAACAUGUUAUCGUCGUACACUGUUUCCAUAAUUGGUCCCAAAUUAUCCGACCAACUUAUAACGCACUGUACCGACUUUAUACGAAUAUACUCGAUCACAGAGAGCGUCAAACGUCUCCACGUCUAUGGUGAAAUUUUUGCGGAAAAUGGCUUUCUUCAGCGGUCCGACCGGAAGAGUAAGACGGACAUUCGCCCGAUCUCCGACGCUUUAGAAACACUUUGCAGCUUAACAGGAAAGUCCUUCAAAUACGCAAACAACACUUCCAAAGUGCAAUUUGGGUUUAUUGCGCAAGAGUUACGAGAGGUAUUACCCGAUGCGGUCCAUGAAGACAGUGACGGCUACUUAUCUAUCGACCCCCUUGCUCUCUUGCCCUUCAUCGUCGAAUCUUUGAAAGACCUUUCAUCCAACUUACAACGAAUCCAACGAACAAAUGGCCUCGAAAAGGUGUUUAAGGAAGUCAAAGAGCUUGCCGAAAGGAUUAAACAGUUUGAGUGUGAAGAGAAGAAUGUGACGGAGAUAUCACUUGGGCCAGAUUUGUAUGUCGUCCCAUCGGCAAUUGUGUUGUCGCUCUUUUCGGUGUAUUUUGCGGUGACGGGGAGGUUUCCCUUUUUGUGGAUCUUCUUUGUCUUGGCGGCGAUAUGCUUUUGGAUGUCGCACCAAUUCUCUCCAAAUGGGAGUUUCUCGAGUGUAGCAAUUGUGUUGAACUUUGUGUUACUCAAUUUGUUACUUGUGAGUGUUUCUGCAAGUGUGUUGAUAGGGUCUGUGUUACAAUUGUAUUUAGGGGUAUAUAUUUCAGUGAUGUUAUUCUUGUGGGGAGGCAGUCAGUUACUGCAAACGUCGUUCUUCAAUUUCUUCAUCGUGUCGUUUUCAUUCUGUUGUUUAGCGUGUUGGUGCAUCUUCAUGUUACAACCGACGUUUAGAUGUUCGGUGAUAACUCCUAUGAAGCACAAUGAGUUGUUCAAAGAGUAUUUGACUUACAUUACUCCAAAUGAAGUGAUGUUCAAUUUAUCAAGUGAAGUACCCUGGAAUUGUUUCCAGCCACGAUUAGAAGCUGUCGGGAAGAAGAUCAUAUUUCAGCAAUAUGACAAUGUCUUUAGUAUACGAGCUGAUGAAAAGUCGUUACUUUCAUUAGAUACAGACUCCAUUCAAAUCAAUUUAGUUUGUUCAUCUGUUCGGAUGAAGUGUGUUGAUUAUACCAUUUCGAAGCAGCUUCAUUAA